AUGGCUGAUAAGAAGACAAUUGCAAUUUGUCAGUCAGGAGGAAAAUUUGAAACUGCAAAAGAUGGUACUUUGUCGUACAAAGGUGGUGAUGCUCAUGCUAUGGACAUUGAUGAUCAAAUGAAAUUUAUAGACUUUAAGGCUGAGAUAGUAGAAAUGUUUAGUUUUAAUAAUGUUGGUAGCAUAUCUAUCAAGUAUUUUCUUCCGGGUAACAAGACCACUCUCAUUUCGAUUUCGAAUGAUAAGGAUCUAAAACGAAUGGUUAAGUUUCAUUGCGAUUCGAGUACUGUCGAAAUCUAUGUCUUUAUUGAAGAGGUACUUGCCCUUGAGGUCUCGACCAUGCCUGUCAGUAGGUCAAGUAGAACAACUUUGUCUGAAACAGUGUUGCCAAUCAAUACCAUUAUGAAUCCCGAUGCUGAAUAUGCUCCACCUGUUGCUUCUCAUGAUACCUUUCAAAUUGAUACAGAUAUGGAGAUACCUCUUUUGAGUCUUUCCUCGAACGAGGAGAAGCUGGCUAAAGGGGCACAGCAGUGGCAGAAUACUAUUACUGGUGUAGGUCAAAGAUUCAACAGCGUACAUGAGUUUCGAGAGUCGUUGCGUAAAUAUGCCAUUGCUCAUCAAUUUGCAUUCAAAUAUAAAAAAAAUGAUAGUCAUCGUGUGACUGUUAAAUGCAAAGCAGAAGGCUGCCCUUGGAGAAUUCAUGCAUCAAGGCUGUCGAGUACUCAAUUGAUAUGCAUAAAAAAAAUGAAUUCGGAACAUACUUGUGAAGGGGCUGCUGGUACUACAGGGCAUCAAGCAACUAGGAAUUGGGUGGCAAGUAUUAUAAAGGAAAAGUUGAAAACUUGUCCGGACUACAAGCCCAAGGACAUUGUCAAUGACAUCAAGCAGGAAUAUGGAAUUCAACUUAACUACUUCCAGGCAUGGCGCGGGAAAGAGAUUGCGAAGGAGCAGCUUCAGGGUUCUUAUAAAGAGGCGUAUAGUCAGUUACCUUUCUUUUGUGAAAAGUUAAUGGAGGCUAAUCCUGGCAGUCUAGCUAUGUACACUACUAAGGAAGACUCAAGCUUUGAUCGUCUCUUUGUAUCAUUUCUGGCUUCGUUGAAUGGCUUUCAACAAGGUUGCCGACCACUGAUUUUCCUUGAUAGCAUUCCAUUGAAGUCAAAAUACCAAGGGGCAUUGCUAGCAGCAACAGCUGCUGAUGCAGACGAUGGUGUAUUCCCUGUUGCCUUUGCUAUUGUUGACGCCGAAUCUGAUGAUAGUUGGCAUUGGUUUUUGCUUCAACUCAAAUCAAAGUUGUCAACAUCUGUUCCCUUAACAUUUGUAGCAGACAGAGAAAAUGGGCUGAAAAAUUCGAUUGCUGAGAUAUUUGAAGGUUCAUUUCAUUCAUAUUGCCUGCGAUACUUAACUGAGCAACUUUUUAGAGACUUGAAAGAGCAGUAUUCUCAUGAGGUAAAGCGACUCAUGAUUGAGGAUUUAUAUGCUGCUGCUUAUGCAACCAAACCAGAAGGCUUUUAUAACGGCAUGGAGAGCAUCAAAAGGAUUUCUAUUGAAGCUUACGAUUGGAUAAUGCAAAAUGAUCCGGUGAACUGGGCGAAUGCAUUUUUUCAGGGUACUAGGUAUAAUCACAUGACUUCUAACUUUGGGGAGUUGUUCUACUGUUGGGCUUCAAAUGCAGAUGAUCUACCGAUAACACAAAUGGUGGAUGUUAUUAGGGGUAAGAUUACGGAAUUGAUUAUUACUCGAAAGGCGGAAUCUGAUGAAUGGUCGACUAGGCUGAGUCCAUCCAUGGAGGAGAAGCUUAAAAUGGAAAUUCAAAGAAGUCAUUCACUUCAAGUUAUAUUAUCGGCUGGCAGUACAUACGAAGUUUGUGGUGACUCAACUGAGUUAGUCAAUAUUGACAGGUGGGAAUGUAGUUGCAAAACGUGGCAGCUGAGUGGGGUACCAUGCUGCCAUGCCAUUGCUGUCAUUGUUGCAAUAGGUCAUUGUGUUUACGAUUUUUGCUCUAGAUACUGUACAACUGAAUGCUACAGAUUGACUUACUCCGAGUGUAUAAAUCCGAUUGUGAAUAUGAAUGUACCGGCUGCAAUUAUUGAGCCUUUGGUAACAGUAACACCUCCUCCCACACGACGACCACCAGGUCGACCGGCUACAAAACGAUAUGGAUCUCAAGACAUAGUUAAGCGUGAUCUACAUUGCAGCCGAUGCAAGGGACUCGGGCACAACAAGUCUACUUGCAAGGAGGAGCUAUUAUAUCUCAAUAAUUCUUGA